GGUAACUGGAAGGGACGCUUAAGUUCCACCCAUACAGAGCAAGAGGUACAAAACACUAUACUAGACUAGAUAGCGAUUUUAACUGUAACAAUCCUAUGCUGUCAGGAGUAUUUGUCAGGUUUACGACGGCAGCAUUUAGGAAGCUCUUCAGAGCAGGGUAGCGGGGACAUGGCGGUGUACUUUGAUCACCGUAUUGAGGCCCCUGAGUCUAGCGGGGCCCCUUCCCAGGUAGCAUGGCACUCCACCCAGCCUGUACUGGCUGUGGCCUCCAACAGCCCCACCACCGGAGGCAACAUUGAUCUGUACCUUCAACAGGGGGAGUGUGUGAGCAGCUGUCAUGUGGAGCGUCCCUUCCAGCCCACGGUGCUGCGCUGGCACCCCACCAAGCCUGUGCUGGUGCUGGGCUGGGAGACGGGCGAGGUGCUGCUACUGCCUCACCCCUCGGGGGAGCAGACGUCCCUGCCCACCACACACACCGCCUGCAUCACCCUGCUGGAGUGGAGCAGCUCAGGCAGUCGCCUGGUCACUGGGGAUCAGAUGGGAGUUUUAGCGGUCUGGAAGAUGGACGCCAGAGGAAGACUGCAGGGAGGUCAUCUUGUGAAGCACGAAUACAGCAAACCUUUAACCUACUGCAUCUUCAGACCAGCUCCACCAGGAGAGGAUGUGGCGAUGCUGGCGAGAGCGGCGGUGAGCGGGGAUGAGAGCGCUCUGGACAUGUUCACCUGGAGGAAGGCUGGGAAGGGGGUCCCCCUCAAGAUGGGCCCUCAGGAGGGGCUGCUGUUCUACGUCAGCACGGCCGAUGGCAAGGUGCACUGUGUGGACGAGCGAGGCCGGAGCAGCCCCGUCCUCAGUGUGGAAGGCUCCAUCCAGAAGCUCUUCUAUCUGGAGAGGAGGGAUGUGCUGGGGGUUGUCACGGAGACACUGAUGCUGUCGCAGUACACUCUGGGACCUGAGGGGGGAGCCCAAGAGCUGAUGAAGGUCAAGCUAAGUGGAAAAAGUGGUCAAACCACAGACAUCGUCUGGACAGACAAUGGUCUGCUUAUCACAGCGACAGGGGAGCAGACAAUCAGGCUUUGGGACUUGGAGAGGGAUGAUAACUACGUCCUCUCUCUGGAUGAACGCCUUGGCUUUGAGAAAGGAGAGCUGCUCAACUGUGUCUCCUACUGUCCAGGCAAAGAGACCCUAGCUGCGGGCACAAACCGUGGGCGUAUUGCUCUGUGGAAGAUGCUGGUCCAGUCCAACGCCCGUAACGACAGCAGGACCCAGUGGAAACUGCAGACGCCCACUGAGCUGGAGGGCAGCAUCAGCCAGCUGCAGUGGGGCUCCAGCCUGGGGCUGCUAGCUGCCAGCAGUGAGAGCUCAGUUCAGAUCCUGUGUGAACAUGUGAUGUCGGCCCACUUUAGCCAGCAGGUGGCAGCGGUGCAGCUCACCCCCUCCCAGCUCAGCCUGACCCUGUUCAGCACGGCCACGCAGCUCACCCUGCGCUCAGACAUGCACAUCAGGGGCGUCUGCGUCACCAAGAACACCGUCACCGUGUGGAACGGGAAGCAGGUGACUGUCCACGAGACAGCCGAAGAUGUCCUGCGCAACACAGGGUCAUUCCAGUGUGAGUCCCAGGUCUUGGCCGUGCACGAUGAGAACAUCUACUCUGUGGAGCCCAACAGGGUGCAGGUCCGCACCCCUCAGGGAACAGUCAAGCAGCUGUUGGCUUUCUCUGAGGCGGAGGGUAACCCCAUCCUGCUCAGUGUGUGCCAGGCCUACCUGGUGGUGGGCACGGACACCGCCCACAUCAAAGUCUUCGAUCUGACCCGCAGGGAAGCGAAGGCUCACUGCAGUGCCAAGAACCUGGCGGAGCAGAUCCCCAACCUGGGGGCGCUGCGCUCCGUCAAGUGUAACGCCAACGGCAACCAAGUCAGCAUUCUAGUCACACAGGUGAAUGGGAGACCAGACAACAAGGUGUACUUCUAUGACGUGGAGAUGGACAUUGUCACAUACUUUGACUUUUUCACUGGCAGGCCACCAAGUGGGAUCUCCCAGGCUGAAGACAUGGAGAGACAUCAGUCCCAGGCCUCGGAGCUGAGUGGCCGGUGUCCUGUGACUCACUGCUGGGACGAGAGCGAGCCCCGCCUGUUUGUGUGUGAGACGGUUCCUGUGAACAGCUCCUCUCGCCAUGACGACACAGACGAGGUGGAUGUGCUGGUGGUGACGCUGUUCUGCACCCAGGAACAUGGCCUCCUCCUGCAGGACUCCUUCCCCAGGUCUGCCAGCCUGCAGGCCCUCCUGGCUCUGGAUGUGCCCUACUACUACUUCACAUGCAAGCCUGGUGAAAGAGAUCCAGAGGUGCAGGAAGUCCCUCCCUCGCCUCCCUCCUCCACCUCCCCAGCCCAGGCCCAGGCCCCCCCAGCUCCCCAGGCCCUCCACAUGGUGUCCAGACGAGCACUCCGGGACUUUGUGGGUCUGGAGGGCUGUGAGAAGGCCACCCGCGACGCCAUGCUCAGCUUCAGCUUCUACCUGACCAUCGGUGACAUGGAUGAGGCCUUCAAAUCCAUCAAGCUCAUCAAGAGCGAGGCGGUGUGGGAGAACAUGGCCAGAAUGUGUGUGAAGAACCGGCGCCUGGACGUGGCGCGGGUGUGCCUGGGGAACAUGGGCAACGCCAGGGCGGCACGGGCGCUGCGAGAGGCAGAGGCAGAGCCCGAGCUGGAGGCCAGGGUGGCAGUGCUCGCCGUGCAACUGGGCAUGCUGGAGGAUGCGGAGAAGCUGUACAAGAGCUGCCAGCGCUACGACCUCCUCAACAAGUUCUACCAGGCGUCUGGCCAAUGGCAGCAGGCGGUGGAGACGGCCGAGACUCAGGACCGCAUCCACCUGCGCACCACCUACUACAGCUACGCCAAGUACCUGGAGGCCGUGGGAGACAAGAACACGGCCCUCACCUACUAUGAGAAGUCAGACACUCACCGGUUUGAGGUGCCCCGCAUGCUCCUGGAUGACGCGCAGUCGCUGGAGAUCUACGUCAACAAGACCAAGGACAAGAGCAUCUAUAAGUGGUGGGCCCAGUACCUGGAGAGCCAAUCAGACAUGGAGUCAGCGCUGCGCUACUACGAGCACGCCCAGGACUACCUCUCUCUGGUCCGCGUGCACUGCUACCUGGGGAACAUUCAGAAGGCGUCCGAGAUAGCCAAUGAGACGGGGAACCGGGCGGCGUCGUACCACCUGGCUCGUCAGUACGAGAGUCAGGAUGAGAUCAAACAGUCCGUCCACUUCUACACACGAGCCCAGGCCUACAACAACGCCAUCCGCCUGUGCAAGGAGAACGGUGUGGACGACCAGCUAAUGAACCUGGCCCUCCUCAGUAACCCUGAGGACAUGAUGGAGGCUGCCUGCUACUACGAGGAGAAGGGCACUCACAUGGACCGUGCCGUCAUGCUCUACCACAAGGCUGGUCACUUCUCCAAGGCGCUAGAGCUGGCCUUCGCUACCCAGCAGUUCACAGCCCUGCAGCUCAUCGCUGAGGACCUGAAUGAAAACUCUGACCCCGCCUUGCUGGCGCGCUGCUCCGACUUCUUUAUCAAACACGCCCAGUACGAGAAGGCAGUGGAGCUCCUGGUGGCUGCCAAGAAGUUUCACGAGGCCCUGCAGCUGUGUUUGGACCAGAGCCUGACCAUCACAGAGGACCUGGCAGAGAGCAUGACCGUGUCACGGGACUCCAAAGACAUGUCCGAGGAGGCCCGCAAGGACCUGCUGGAGAGGAUAGCAAACUGCUGCAUGCGCCAGGGAAACUACCACCUGGCCACCAAGAAAUACACACAGGCCGGCAACAAGAUGAAGGCCAUGCGGGCUCUGCUGAAGUCAGGUGACACAGAGAAGAUUGUUUUCUUCGCCGGCGUGUCGCGUCAAAAGGAGAUAUACAUCAUGGCUGCCAACUACCUGCAGUCUCUGGACUGGCGGAAGGAUCCGGAAAUCAUGAAGAACAUCAUAGGGUUUUACACUAAAGGCAGGGCCCUUGACCUGCUGGCUGGCUUCUAUGAAGCCUGUGCCCAGGUGGAGAUCGAUGACUAUCAGAACUAUGAGAAGGCCCUGGGCGCUCUGACAGAAGCCUACAAGUGCCUGUCCAAAGCCAAGGGCCGCAGCCAGGAGGAGCAGGACGGCCGCAUGGCUGAGCUCCAGCACAAGAUCAACCUGGUCAAGAGGUUCGUCCAGGCACGCAGGCUGUAUGAGGAGGAUGCGGGUGAGGCGGUGAGGCUGUGCGAGGCCCUGCUGGAAGAGGGAGACCUGGACGCUGCGGUCAGGAUAGGAGACGCCUAUGGCUUCCUGGUGGAACACCACUGUCAGAAGGGCAACUUCCAGGUGGCCUAUCGCAAACUGGAGGAGCUCCAGAAGAUGCUGCCGUCUCUGAACAUCAGCUACUAUGUGAGCCAGGGCAGCCUGGAGGCCCUGCAGAGGGCGGUGGGUCUUCCCCUGGGGAAAGGAGCCCUGGCCGACCAUGGAGACCGCAGGGAUAGUGGGGGUGAGGAGGACGAGGUGGAGGAGGAUGAGACUCUGGAGUCACACCAAGGGGACUGAUCCACACCCUCUACACCUGUAGGCAGAGCACCUGACUGGGACAAAAGCUUGUACACGUUGAGGUCCAUGACCAAGUGGAUACAAGCAGCUCUAGAAACCACACAGAAGCUCCUAAUGGUGUCCUUGUUCUUCGACAGGGUCACCUUAUUCAGCUUGAUACAAGGGGCUUGACCUGCUUACACUCUGCUUCGAGAGAGGAUGAGUAGAACAAUGUAAUCAGUAGUUUAUAAUGUUAUCAUACUACUUAAAUCCAUUCAAAUACUCACAAAUAUCACUAAAAUUCAUUUAUCGACCUACUUACAUUUCAGAUGUUUUGAACACUUCUAAGCCUGUAUACCUUUAAGAUGAGAACAAAAAAUCGUAAUACCUCACACAAUUACUUAUUACAUUUCAAAGCUCCUAAAUUAAUGUAUUUUGCUGACACCAGUCUGCAGUUUGCCUUAUGCAGUAUGGUAUGCAGGAUAUUGCCUUUGGGGACAAAACAUUUGUAUCUGAAGCAUCUGUUUGGCUUUGUUCAUUCCUUACAGAACACAUGUAUUUUUCUAGUCAGUAAACCUAAAGAAAAGACAAUACAUAAAUUGUUAAGUCUUGAAUUUAAGGUGUACAAUGAAUAUAAAACAUUUGGAUAAAUAUUUAAAUAAAGAUUAUGCAGCUGUGUUUUACAUAGCUGUAAUACAUUUUAUACAUUUAUAUGAUAAUUUGUUUUUUUGGUGUGUUAGUGUUAAGAUUUUGUACAUGACCUUGGUGUUAUUAAAUCCCUGAGAUAUAUUUUUGUGAUCUGUAUAGUAUGUUGCUAUUUUAAAUAAACAGUUUAUACAUUG